AUGUGGCGAGACCGCACCAAUUUGUAUAUUUCCUAUCGCCAGUCGUACACGCAUCAUCCGACCCAACGGAGCAAAUAUGCCGGAUCGAAUGCGCCAGCGUCCACCUCCUUCUCCGGCGCCUAUUCGAGUAGCAGCAAUCUUGCCGAGGAUCGAAGGGGACUAUUGUCCAGCAGCGGCUUCGACGAUGAUGGCGAUGCCGUAAUUGAGAUGGAUCUGCUGCCUCCGCGCUGGGCCGAUGUCUCUGACGAGAUUACAGAGCUGCUUAGUGAUGUUGCGAUUAAAGGGCAAAGUCUCGAGAAGCUACAUCAAAAGCAUGUCCUCCCAGGAUUUAACGACGAGGAGGCUAAAAAGGCUGAAGAAGCUCAGAUAGAACGGCUGACCCAGCAAAUAACGAGAGCAUUCCAGGAGUGCCAUCGCAGAAUUCAGCGUGUCCAGCAAAUGGUUCGGGAGUCUAAGCAGUCCGGAACGCUACCGAAAGCUGAGGAAAUAAUGGCUGGAAAUAUUCAAAUGUCCCUCGCGACAAGAGUUCAGGAGGCGAGUGCAAAUUUCAGAAAGAAGCAGAGUGCAUAUCUCAAAAAGCUUCGUGACAUGGGAGGGUUAGGCGCCCUCGCAACUGGCGAUCGGUCUUUCACGCCGCAACCAGGAUCGUACACGGAUCCAUCUCUCCAAGAAUCGGACGCAGACCGGUCGUUUUCUCAAAUCACCCUUCAAGCAGCAUCACAACAAAAGCUCUUGCAUUCUAAUGACACCGUAAUAGCGCAACGAGAGCGUGAGAUCGAGGAGAUUGCGCAGGGCAUAAUCGAACUAUCCGAUUUAUUUCGCGAUCUUCAAACCAUGGUCAUAGAUCAAGGCACCAUACUUGACCGUAUCGACUACAAUGUGGAGCGCAUGAAUGAGAAUGUCAAGGGGGCUGAUCGAGAACUCAAGGUUGCGUCAGGCUAUCAGAGAAGGACGGCCAAGAGAAAAAUAAUGCUCCUUCUAAUACUUAUUAUUGCAGGGCUGUUCAUACUUCUUCUCAUAAAACCAAAGAGACAUGACUGA